CUACGCGACGUUGAACCGCUUCACGUCCGCGCUAACAAAACUCGUUGAAAAUGCACACAGCAAAAUGGUAGAAUCGCUACAAAUGUUCUUAUUUCUGUUCAAAUCAAAAUACAGACGAAAAUUCUCAUGGUUUUCACCAUUCCUAUGUUCAGUCCUCAUAGUGUUAUUGUUUUGUGAUGGUGUACUUUCUAGGUGUAGUGACCAUAACUGUAUAAAUGGUGUGUGUAAAAAUGAUACAUGCGUGUGCUACGAGGGUUGGCAGGGUCCUGAGUGUCAAUACUGCGGCGGGAAAGUCAAGCUGACAUCCCCUACUGGGGUCAUAACCGACGGCCCCGGUAACUAUAGCGUGAGCACCCAAUGCUCGUGGCUGCUAGCGCCGCCGUGGCUGGGCCCAGGGCCACCGGCGCUGCGGGUGCGGUUAGAGAGCUUCGCUACGGAGUGCGGGUGGGACCACCUCUAUGUGUAUGAUGGGGACAGCGUGCGAGCGGAGCGAUUGCUCGCUGUGUUCAGCGGAGUCCUGGAACCAGGCGAGUCGGGCUGGACGAGACAAGUCAUAGCGCGCUCCGGCAGCGCACUAUUACACUUCUUUUCCGAUGAUGCCUACGCAAUGGAGGGCUUCAACGUGACGUAUGCUGCGUACUCUUGCCCUUCGGACGACCAUCGGACUAAUUGUUCCAAUCACGGUGAAUGCGAAGAUGGGACGUGUAGGUGUGAAUCUGAUUGGUACGGAGUGGCCUGCGAUCAACCUGUGUGUCCAGACGAUUGCAACGCAGCCUACGGCGCCGGAUCGUGCACCGCCGCCGGCUGCGCUUGCACGCCGUCCCGCGCCGGGUCCGACUGCAGCCGGGACGCCGCCGCCGCCGGCUGGGGCUGGGCGUGGCGGGAGGCGGGCGACUCGCCGCCGGAUCAGCCGCCGCCGGAAAACACGCCGGUUGCCGCCGCCGGACAUGUGUUGCUGAAUUAUGGGGAGGAUUUAUUGAGAGUUGGUGGCGAGACGUUUGCGCCGGCACCAUUUUUGUACAGAUACAAAGUAGCCGACAACGCGUGGGAGACCAUAGAGACGCGAGGCGUGGCGCCGGCGCCUCGUUUCGCGCACGCGGCUGUCAUGUAUGACCACGAGCUGAUUGUCUAUGGCGGGGUGGUGGCUUCGGACGAACCAGAGAGAGGUGGAGGCCUAGCAGGCUUAGAAGGCAGAGCGGGCGAGGUCACGAAUGAACUGUGGCGUAUAGCGUUAAAUACGCCUCGACCACAGUGGAGGAACGCUACUCCGGUUAACUGUUCGCCGCAUAGGCCGGCGCCUUUGAAACACUGUGGCGGUCUACACGUGUCAGGUCAUUCGGCUGUAGUGGUGAGAUUGGGUCCCACGAGGAAGCCAGUCAUGCUGGUGUUCUUCGGACACUCACCGCACUACGGAUACUUACACACAGUACAGGAGUACUACAUAGAAGAAGGGGUGUGGGCAGCGGCCGAGACCCACGGCUGGGCGGCGCGCGCCGGCUUCGGCCACUCGGCGGCGUGGGACCCGCUCUCGGGACGAGUCUACGUGCACGGCGGCCUUGUGUCCGAGUCCGAAGCUACACAGGGUCCGUCAGCGGCGCUGUACGAGUACGAUGUGAACAAGAAGAUAUGGAAACCGCUUCCUUCAGCGCCGUCGCCCAGAUACCUGCACACCGCUACUUUUGUAUCGCCAGGUAUAAUGUUAGUUUUCGGUGGUAACGCACACAACGAUAGCUUGUCAGUCGCGGCCGCGUCGCGUUGCUACUCCGCCGGCGCUUUACUCUACAACGUCAGGUGUAAGACCUGGAUAACCAGUUCAAGUCCUACCGGGGCAGCGAGAGCGGCGCACGCGGCGGCGUCGUUGCCUCAGCUGCAGUCUUCGCAACAGAGGAGGCGCGCUGCUAUUAUACACGGAGGUUUCGACGGCCGCCUGCGAUCCGACGCGCUUCUCUUCGAGACGGGUGACAAGUGUUCCUCCUACAAUGAUGAAGUAGCGUGCGUGGCGGCUGCGAAUCACGCGGCGCGCGCGUGCGCAUGGCACGUGCACAAAAGGAUAUGUAUGCCGUUAGAAGAAGUUGGAUGGAAGGAAUCUUUCGAGGGUGACGUGAAAGCGUGCGUCGCAGAACCCACUUUUGACGAGCGACUAUGCGCGUCGGCAGAAAGCUGCGGCGCUUGCACGGCGGCGGGCUGCGCGUGGUGCGGCGCCUGCCUCGCGUCUGCUCUGUACUGCACGCGACACACGCACCAGAUGGCGCUCUCGCUAGAAGAGUGCGGCGCCACGAGCGAGUCGCCGCGAGAAGCGUGCGGACGCUUCCACUCCUGCGCAGCUUGCUAUGCGCACCAACAUCACCAUACACACGGUUCAGAAGAAUUAACACAACGGCUAUGUUACUGGGACUACGACACGAUAAAAUGUAAACCUGCCAAUUCUUCGGAUGAUAUAAGGAGCGUAGCAUCGGCUGGCCCGUGCAGCGCUCCGUGUUCCACCUUCCAGACUUGCGCAAACUGCACCGCUGAAGAGUGCAUCUGGUGCGCGUCUGCUGGCAGAUGCGUGGAUAAGAACGCAUACGGCGCAUCAUUUCCCCUCGGCGGCUGUCGCCUAUGGUCGACCAGCGGCGGCGCCAGUACUUGCGGCGACGCCCACGGCUGCGCCGCCCAUGUAUCCUGCAGCUCGUGCCGCGCUGAGCCCGCUUGCGGCUGGUGCGACGAUGGCGCUGGCGGUGGCCGCGGGGUCUGCUUGCCGGGAGGAGCGAGGAGACCUCAUGCGCCGAGAGUUUGCGCACAGCAUCGAUGGCACUUCACCCGCUGCCCGGCGUGCCAGUGUAACGGACACGCGAUAUGCGACAGUUCCGCGCGAUGCAUCCAGCCAUGCAGUGGCCGAGCCAUUGGUGAUCACUGCGAUACGUGCGCGCCCGGCCAUUGGGGUCACCCGUUGAACGGUGGCUCUUGUCAGCCGUGUGACUGCAACUCGCAAGCUGUGUCGUGCGCGCCCGACUCUGGCCGGUGUUACUGCACUACCAAGGGAUUAGCGGGCGACCGCUGCGACAAGUGUGAUAAUACUAACCACUACCAUGCGGAUAUCUACAACAAGGGCGCUUGCUACUACGACCUAGCAGUAGACUACCAAUUCACAUUUAACCUGUCAAAGAAAGAAGACCGUCAUUUGACUGCCAUUAAUUUCCGUAACGCGCCGGUCAAACCGGAUGUGGACGCGGACUUCAGCAUAACAUGUUCGGCGCACGCGCGGAUGAAUCUCACAGUGCGCACGCGAGCCGAACCCGCCGAGCGAACGUUGUUCAGUGACGUCAACUGCACCAACUUCCGAUACAAGUUCGCCAAGUCGGAGCACUCCUUCGGCGUGGAAGACAACGUCACUUUGACCACGUUCUUCGUCUACGUGUAUGACUUUCGGCCACCGCUGUGGAUACAGAUUUCGUUCUCGCAGUACCCCAAACUGAACCUGCAACAGUUCUUCAUAACGUUCUCUUCGUGUUUCCUGCUGCUGUUGCUUGUGGCGGCUGCGCUGUGGAAGAUUAAGCAGAAAUACGACUUGUACAGAAGAAGACAGCGGUUGUUCGUGGAGAUGGAACAGAUGGCCUCUAGGCCGUUCAGCCAAGUCUGCGUCGAGUUAGAACGCGGUUGGGUUGGAGGAGGCACAGGCGUGCCCGCGCCGGUCGCUCUGGAACCGUGUCGCGGCGGGCGCGCGGCGGUGCUGUCGCUGCUGGUGCGCCUGCCGACGGGCGGCAGCGGGCGCGCGCCGCCGCUGGGCGGGCUGGCCGUGGCCUCCGCGCUCGUCACGCUGGGCCACCACGCGCCGCCCGCGCCCGCCAAGCGCCCCGACCACCGCUGACAGGAUACAACACCAAUGUAUAUAUGUGUAAUGUAAGUGAUGUAUAUAGAUAUCUAGUGCGUUGCUCAAUAUAAUACUCAACCUUAUUGCGUUUGUACAGAUGUAGGGGUGUGCGUUACAGCGGUUGUUGUGGGUAGUUAUUUAUUUUAUUUUGUAGUUCAAAUUCAGGACCGUACUCGGUAUAAAAACUAACUUCAAACUUAAAGACAGACCCAGGAUUAUGAUUGGUCUAAAUGACCCUUUGAAUCUAGCAUUUUCUUAGUAAUUUUAUUUAUUUUAAAAGAAAGUGCGUCUCUCUUUAAAUAUGUUUCUCGCAGCCAUUACGUUUUUGGACGUCCCUUCUAUAGCGUGUGGACUGGCUUCUACAAUUUUCUUUAAAUUCAUGUAUAAUUGAUGGUAGUAGAUCCACAAAAUAAUGCAUUAACCAAUAGAUUUUGAACUGUAUGAUAUCAAAUUAAGCUUCAAAAUAGUAAAGAAAAAAACAAAAUAAUAGUAGUGCUUUUCAAUUAAUUUAACUGUAAAUUCCCACAAUAACCGCUGUACUAUGAAGUGAACUGUGCCAGAGUAGCGACAGCAAUAUGUCUGCCAUUAUGAUCCGUAUAUGUAUAUUUUGGUGGUGAGAUGAAAUAUUUUUUUACAGUAGACUUUGAUAUGUAUCUUCAAUUCAUGACUAGUACAAACCGAACGGAUAAUGGAUUGAAUUGGAAGUCGCGGCAGCUACACCCCUCUCGCUCUAUCUUCAUACUGUUAGAGCGAGAGGUGUGUAUCGUAAUUUUUAAUUACUUUCUUGUCUUUGCGAAUUUAAUGAAUGAUCUGAUGAAUUUUUUGAAAUUUUGUGCAUUGUUAAAGUCAGGAAUUUGAUGAUUUUGUAGAAUAAAACUGUAGCCAAUGUUCAGUUGGCAAGAAAAGACGCUUCAAUUCAAUUCAUAAUUUUAUAAAUGAAAUUAAUAUUUGGAAACUUUUCUUGCUAACUAUAUUAAAACUGUUGAAUCUCUAGAUAUGAACAUCUUCAAAAUAAGCCAUCAACUGUUACUGUUAAUUAAUAAUUAAUAAAAUAAAUACGUUUAAACAUCACAUUUAGGGUGUACACAUAAAAAAAUCACUGACUUCCGCUUACAAUGUUGCCAAAUAAUUAUAUUUAUGUCACGUCGUGAGUGCACCUUUAGGCAGCUAGUACGUCGCAGCGAAAUUAACUUUAUGUACGUUAUAAUAAACAUCAAAAAGUAUUGUGUUCAAACAACCAACCAAUACUUGCAAGAAAUCUCUCUAUUGAAUUAAUGUUAAAGUAUAAAUAAAACAUAAUUUAUUUCGUUCAAUUUAAGAGCGUAGUCGUCGACAUAAGCUUGCGUUUUUCUACGUUUUAUUGCUUGUAAAAAUGAAUUUUGCAAAUAAAUAAAAGUAUAACUAAAAAAAUUAAAUUUAAUGUAUUUUCAUACAUUCUAGAAUAGAUUUUGUGGUUCAUUGUAACUUGUAGAAAACGCAAAAGCACUGAACUCGUUAUUAAGAUUGUUAAAAAUAUUAUUCUUAAUUAAUGAAUUAUGAAAAGUGAUGAAAUAGUCCGUUAUUCGUAUUAAUUAUAAAUAUACAUUGCAAUUUCCACUCGGCAUCUUAAUACUGACAACGACGUAGUCAAGUAGUAUAAUAACAUCACAAAUAUAAAAAUAACAUAGUUAAAAUAUCAUGUAAUACGUAAAAAUCACUAUUACACUUAAUAUAGUUGUACAUAAGCAGCUUUGACAAGACUAUUAUAAUGAUAUUUAUAUUUUUCUUACGACUGACGUGUAAAUGGUGUAUAAAAUUUUAUUUUUGUUUUGUAUGGUGGCAUUUAUUUGUAUUAUUACGGGUGUUGCGUCGAAUUAUUUACUUUAUUUUUUAUUUUCGAAUGUAUUUUGUAAAUAUUUAACCUCAGUUCUUUUGUGGAGUUAGAAUAGUUAAUAAUCUUCUUAAUUUGCUAUUUUAUUAGUCACCAGAGAAGUAUAUUGACUAGUUUUACACAUAUUCCUCGAAUAGUUGCCAAUUUGACGCACCACCCGCUAGUUUUAGAUUAGUUGUAAUAAAUUGUACGAUAGUCAUCAUAAUAGUUAUGAAAUUCCCUAUUAUACAUGUUGAGAUUAGUUCCAGACCUAAUCAUUAAAAAAAUUAAAGUGGCUACAAAAAAAAACUCACGAAAAAACAUGAACGCUCUACCAAAUUUAAAAGUACUUUUUUAAAUCUUUUAGCUAUAAUGUAACCUCAUACAAAAGUUUAGCACUGUUGCGUGUUAACUUUAAGUAGUCGUAAUAGGUAGUAUUUUGCAAUAAAAAUGUCUGAUGUAUAAAAUAUUUAUGUUAAAAUCUACUUAAACAACGACUUGACUGUCUCAGGCAAUCACAAACCGGCUCACUCAAAUUACUACAAGUUAUAGCCAUAGAGAGGUGCUUGACAAAGUAAAUUGUCUAUUGAUUUGCAAGAUUUCUAUAGCAUAUAGUGCAGCUAUAGCAGACUUUACGUUUCGCAUAAAGUUGUGGUAAAACAAUAUAAACGAAAAUUUUUAAAAAAAUUGUUGUUUUUCCCUUCUGAAACUAAUCUCAACAUUUUUAUUGUUUAUUUAUGAAUAGCUUUAUAAACCUUAUAAUAUUUUUCUCCAAUAAUAUAAAGUUCAAAUCAUAAUAAAUAGAUUAAACUGCCAAAAUUAACUACCUUAUGCGUAAAUGCAUACGAGUCCCAAUUUUUACAUUUGUAGAUUUUUAUUUUGUAUAAUAACAAUAAAAAUUAGACGAAGAAAUCUCUUAGAUAUGAUAUGGAAGAACAUUUGUUAGAAAAUUAUUUACAUUGCUAUACCAGAUCAAUCCUCCACUUCCCUUCCACUUACGUUAUUUCAAAUCAUCAUAAAAUAAUGAUCUCAUCAUUAAAAAUCAACUCAUUUAGCUUUUCAAAAAAUCACUAAGGCACAGAACAGACGGUGAAACGCAACUGCAACGAAACUGCAACU